AUGGACUCAGACGCCACGCCCAGCUGCGCCAUCUGCGGCAGCCCGGCUCCUCGCGGCCAGGAAUGCCCUUGCGAGGCUGAGCGCCUCGAGCUCGCCGUCAAGCAGGCCGAGUCGCGUGCCAUGGAUGCGCGUCUCCACGAGAUCAGAGAUUGGGUCAUCACACAUGCCCGAGCCCACAUUCUCCAACUGUUCGAGCGCCUGAGUUCCGCCCGAAGGGUCGCCCAUACCGCCUAUCUGUCGUCCUUGCCCUUCUACUCCAUAUAUGUUCAAUACGGAGGCCAGCCACCGCUGCAUCCAACCGCCCUCCAUCAGCUGCAGGCCCAGAUCGCCGAAGCUCAUGCUGAGUUGAAACGCGGUGUUGAUGCUGACUGGCGUGCCUCGGUGCUGCGCUAUCCCGAAAUCCUCGAUUACUUUUACGGUCUUGUCGAUCUACAUCUGCCCAGCGAGAGAGACCCAGCUGUCGCCCGCCCCCCAUUCGCCCAAGCAGGCUAUGCCGACCAAGGCUUCGAGGGCGGGAGACGCGAAAAGGGCACGAAAAAGGGCCGGAGCGGAGUUGAGGCCCCGCCCGCACCAAUGACGCCCCUUGAGUGGCCGGGUGCGCGCCGAAAAGAGCCAGGUGGUUACAUGGCGGGUAUGGGAAGGCAGCGGGGCCCUCCGGUGGCGCCUACUCCGCCGAUUAUUCGGCCACCACAAUACCCUUCUCUACAUGACGACCGCACUUACUUCCGGUGA